CUAUUUCGUUCAUGUUUCGCCGCUGCAGCGCGCUACCCCCGAGGAUAUCUCUUAUCCAAAAGGGAAGUGGACGAUUACACCCACAGUAUCUUCUAUUUAUACGAGGGUAUAGCUCAAAUAAACCACCUAAAGAUCAGAGCAACAAAGAUGAUCCGCUACAGAGAGACAAGCAUGACAAAAACAACGAGGACAAAAGGAGAAGAGGAAGAAGAAAGGAAGGAUCAAGGUGGUGGACACAAUUUCAGAGAAACUGGAGUCCAUGUCUCCUGGAAGGAUUUUGUGAACCGAUACCUGAGCAGGGGCCUGGUGGGACGCAUGGAAGUUGUCAAUAAAGAGUAUGUCAAAGCGUUUCCAGCUGACGGAGUGAACUCAUCAGAGGUGAACUACUUGUGGUUCAACAUAGGCAGUGUGAAGUCGUUUGAGCAUAACCUGGCGGUAGCUCAGCAGGAAAUGGGUCUGAGCUCCAUAGACAAAAUUCCUGUCGUCUACACCAAUGAAAGUGAUGGGACAAUCUUUUUAAGCAUUCUCCCUGUCUUACUGCUGGUUGGCUUCUUCCUUGUUGCCACGCGGCAGGGGUCUGUGGUUGGAGCGUGUAGCAGCAGACUGAAAGGAAACCCUCUCACUGUCAGUCAAUCCAAAGCCAGAACAGUCAAAGACAACAUCAGUGUCCGCUUUGAGGAUGUUGCAGGCUGUGAUGAGGCCAAGCUAGAGAUCAUGGAGUUGGUCAACUUCCUACAGCAUCCACAUCAGUACCGAGACCUCGGAGCCAAGACCCCUAAGGGCGCGUUGUUAUCAGGUCCACCUGGAACUGGAAAGACGCUGCUCGCAAAGGCCACUGCUGGAGAGGUUGACGUUCCCUUCAUCUCGGUCAACGGCUCGGAGUUCCUGGAAGUGUUUGUGGGCGUGGGCCCGGCAAGGAUAAGGGAUUUGUUUAUCAAAGCGCGCAGCGUUGCCCCCUGUAUCCUUUUCAUUGAUGAGAUUGAUGCAGUCGGCAGAAGGAGAGGCUCUGGGAGCUGCAUGAACCAGAGUGAACAGGAAAACACUCUGAAUCAGCUGCUUGUAGAAAUGGAUGGGUUUAAUAGUAGCACUAAUAUCGUGGUGUUAGCUGGCACAAAUCGAGCAGACAUUCUGGAUCCAGCUUUGAUGAGGCCGGGACGCUUUGACCGGCACAUAUAUCUGGGCCCACCGGAUCUGAAAGGCAGAGCCUCCAUCUUUAAAGUGCACUUAAGACCUUUGAAAUUAUAUCCAAGUGUAGAUGUAGAGGCUUUAUGUAGACAUUUAGCUGCUCUUACUCCAGGUUUUACUGGAGCUGAGAUUGCUGGUGUGAGUAAUGAAGCAGCUCUUAUUGCGGCGCGUCAUCUCCACCAGUGCAUCAACACGGAGCACUUUGAGCUGGCAGUUGAGAGGAUCAUUGGAGGUGUGGAGAAAAAGCAGAAACUUCAUCUUGAAGAAAAGACCACCGUUGCAUAUCAUCAAGCCGGCCAUGCUGUUACAGGCUGGUUCCUCAAACACGCCGACCCAAUUUUUAAGUUGUCCAUUGUUCCUCGAGGGAGAAGCUUGAGCUCCUCACAGUAUCUUUAUAAAGAGCAGCACCUGUUCAGCCAGGACCAGCUGUUUGACAGGAUGUGCACGAUGCUGGGCGGUCGAGUUUCUGAGCAAGUUUUCUUUCAUCGAAUCACAACCGGAGCCCAGGAUGACCUCAGGAAGGCCACGGAGUUGGCCUACGCUCAGAUUGUGCAGUUUGGAAUGAACCAAGCAGUGGGUCCCGUUUCGUUUGACCUCCCUCAGCAGGGGAACGCAUUAUGUGAGCGACCCUUCGGUGAAUCUGCAGCCCAGCUCAUAGAUCUGGAGGUCCGCUCCCUCAUAGACGCUGCCUUCCACCGAACAUAUCAGCUUCUAGUUGACAAGAGAGAAAUGGUGGAAAAGGUGGCCAAAAGCCUUCUAGAAAAAGAGAUUCUGGACAGGGCUGACCUGGUGAAGCUUCUCGGACCGCGUCCCUUUAAAGAAGCCCCCAUAUGAGGAGUUCUUUAAAAACUUGUGGAGAAUGACUCAUCACUUGAAAAAUAUUUUUAAAGGACAAUUAAUGACAUUAUCCAGAAUUAAGGAGCUGGAUUGAGGGGGUUAAACUAGCAAAUGGUUUUUGACUGCGGCUGUGGCUGUGGCUCACCCCUCCCUCACUUGAUGGGUCAAAUACAAAGAACAAAAUUUCCACUCAAAACUUAUUUAAAUAUUUUAAAACUAUAAAACUGAAUCUAUAUUUAUUUAUCUAUACAAACUUGAAAUGGCAUAAUGACUUCACAGAAAAUGUUACUGUUUAUUUAAAAAAAUCCAUGUAAUUGAGAAACUGCCAAUAAAUAGUGGUAUAUAUCAACAAAAAUAUUAUUUUUUAUUUGGCACAUUCAUGAAUUAUUUACUACUUAUUAUAAAAAUGUAUAUUUAUGAGUUUGAGAGAUGAUGAUUUCACUUGCAGCUUGGGUCAGUGUUCAAUUGGAAUAAAAUACUUAUUUCAUGACACCUUUUCUGCA